GGAACCCGCAGCCGCUACCCUUCGGGUGCGCACAGGGUAAACCCAGCUCCUGUGCAAUAGCUAUGUUUUUGGGAUAAAUUUAUCAAAAUGAUGUUUUAGGGGAUAGAAUCUAAUUUACUUCAAUGUAAAAAUUAACUGACCAAAUGCAAAGUUGUUUACUUGGGUUAGUUGUCUUUAUCAUGGAUUAUAGCAUAAUUUCUAGAUCCAGUGGAUAAAUGUAACUAUACUUUUAUGUCCAUCAGCGCAACUCAGCAAUUGGCAGUAUAUUCUCUAUUAAGACUAGGCAAGGCCUUUUCCCCCACCCAAAAAAAGGAAAAAAGACUAGGCAAGAGUUUGCACAUUGAGAAGUGCAUUUACAACAUUUUAGAAGUAGUAUUUGCAAUGUACCUUUCUAAACCAUGCGGAUUAAGAGGACAGAUUCGAACCAAUUUAGCAGAACUUAUUUUACUUAUCUCAGUCUUACCAAAAGGUUUUGCUUGGUCCUCUUCCCUUUUGCUUUGUGGUUGUUGAGAACCGCUGAACUGGGAAUAUGUCUCAUGUGAGUUGCUGCUUCUUUUCAGAGCUGCAGAUCAUUUUCAUUAUGUAUUGGAAUGGAACCACUUUGAAUGGAACAUAUUCUUCUUCUCAUGUUAUGCUCCAUCAUCUUGAUGCUGUGAGCCUAUGAGAUGGGUCAACAAACAGUAGAUUCAAAAUCAAGCGAUCAUGGGCAGGCUAAUGCUAAAUCUGGACCCAAGCAUGAUAAACAGCUGUUGGUGCCAGUAGCCAUAAUGGGACCUGCAAUUCAGGAUUCACGGAGCGAGAGUGUGGUUGCUGCCUCCAAAUCUAUUGAAAGCCCACUAUUUCCUGAAACGAAUAAUAUGGACAAUAAAGUUUCUAAUAUAACUGGCUCCAAAAGACCUACCCCAGAAUGCCUAGUGAACCCUCUCAGCCGAUGCUCGACAAACAAUUCUGGUAGUGGGCAUCUUGUCUAUGUUCGUAGAAGACCCGAAGGAGAGUUAAGCAAAACUGCUGCUAGUAACAACCAAAGUGGUGUUACUGAUUAUCCACAACUGAAGAAGCUUAGUCAACAUGAUGAGAAAACUCAGACUGAAGUUCAGAUGAAGGAAGCUAGACACUAUUUUCCAGAAGUUUCACCAAUCUCAGGAACUUCUUCAAGGUGCUCCUUAUCCAUGAAACCUUCAGUACCUCCCUCGACGGGAGAGUCCAACAACAAUUUAGCUUCAGUUAACGUUAGCAACCAUCAAGUCACUUCUACCAGACUAUUGUUGGAUAAUCAAAAGAAGGUUAAUUUUAAGCUUUGGGAAGAGCGGUAUUUCCAAUUGCAGAACUUGUUGCACAAACUGGAGCAAUCAAAGCAAGAGGAUUAUGUCCAGACAGUGCUUCGAUCGCUCUCCUCUGUUGACCUAAGCAAACAUGCUGUUGAACUGGAGAAGAGGUCCAUGCGGCUCGCAUUGGAAGAAGCUAAGGAGGUGCAACGAGUAAGAGGCUUGGAUGUGUUGGGGAAAUAUCCAAAGAACCCCAGAGCUUCAAUAGCUUGACGUCCUGAACAGCCUCAGCAAGAAGGAAAUGUAAUUGUAUUCUAAAACAAAAUUUGUACAUGUUGUAGCCUGAUAUUCACAAGUGUUGUAGUUAGUCUCUGUCUGGUCCUAGCUAAUUAAUGUGCUGUAGCUAUCGUUUGUUAACACUAACUUAUAGCACAUUUUAUUGAGCAAAUGGUAAUGGCAUUGCUCAGUUCCAUCAACAACAAUUGAGAUUGAAUUCUUGCCCUCGUUAUCAUUUAAUCCUCUUUUAUGUCUUA